AUUUCGGCGUUCCACGUGUUGAUGUGUUAUAUAAAAAUUUAAUAUUGAAUUUUAAAUUUUACAAUUUUCUUAGGUCAAAUCAAAUGGCGACUGAAAGGCGCCCUCGAGUGCAAAGGGUUAAUUCAAUUGAAUUAAUCAACUCUACGAAACUGUGAUACUUUACACGAUUCUCCAAGUAUCAAAAUCGUAAAAGAACAAGAUCAAUAUUUAUUCUGAACUGUUCAAAAGCUUCAAAAAGCCUUCAGCGUUUCAAUAUCGAUAAACCUUUGUCCUCCAACGUCUCCCAUCGCGUUGAAACAAGAAAACGCGAGAAUUGUUCGAAACUUCUAACAAGAGUUUCCGGAAACAAUGGACUCAUAAAUAAUUCGCGGGUAUUACACAGUUUGAUCGAUCGAAGUUGAUUGAAAUUUCGAUUCUCGUUCGCACGAGAAUUCUUCAAUGGAACCACCGAAGCUCAAUUUCUGCCGGUGACUUGCAAUCUCGCGCGAGCCGUACAGACUCGUUCCGUCGACAAGAAUAUCGUUUCGAGAAGCGAACGAAAGUGCAUCCGUGGAACGACUCAAGCUUUCCACCCGUGUCUCUGUUCUUUUUGGCAUGGUGAACCUCGAUCGCUUUCUACACGAUACGAUCGACCCCGCUCGGCCGUCGCGGAAGCACUGUGUUCUUGCAGCGUGGGUGAGAGCGCGAUUGACGUUCCACCAUGGUUGUUAAACAAUUAUUAUUAAUCAUUAACCCUCCGCCCUGUAAUCAUGAGUGAGACUCUUAAUAAAAGCUGGCUCGAUUUACCGAAAAUCAAUGUUACUCGUUGUACAUCGACAUUAUCGAUAUUUCACCGUCAUUUGUAAUCAAUCUCUACGAAAAUUCCAAUUUCAAGUAAUUAAUAGUAGGUGAAACAAAUUAUAGUUGCAUAGGAAAUCGUGCGGCAAGGGGUUAAACGAACUUUACUCGUCAAACGAACGGUAUAUAUAUAUAUACAAAUAUAAAUAUAUAUAUAUAUAUUUAUUUUAAUAUAAAUAUAUAUAUAUAAUAUACAUGUCUAUUUUAUAAAGAAUAUUUAUGCUCACAGUGGUCUUUUAUGCGUUCUAUCGACCGGUUAGGUUUCUAUUAUUAUGCGAUUAGUCGCGCGCGCGCGUGUGUGAGUAUCAUUGUUCUGGCGGACCGGUUUCAAUGAUCAGACUGAUGACGAUAUAUAUGUAUAUCUAUAUUCCUGUCUAAAACGAAUAUUUACACGCUCGGUUUCGCUUUCUUCGGCCGGAACGUUCGCCUGCGGUAUUCGCGGCAUUCGAGUGCCGAUGGGAAAAAAUGCGAGCGAUUAUUCGCUGGGGAGACGGAACGCUUUUGUCGGGCGAAACCGAAAAAUCGAUGUGCCUAAAACCGUUAGACACGCCUCUCAGCUCAGUCGAUGAUCGACCUUUUCGUUUUACUAUUGUAAAUACACUUGAAAAGUCGGUUGGCAUAUUAAUAAACUAUUACGAGAGAACCUGUCAGUUUCCCACGGAUCCUUUCGAUUCUUUUAUUUCGCGUAAGCACACGCGCGAUGUACGAAAACAAGUAUGUAAUAUGUAUCUGCUCUUUGUCCCACUUUGUUCCGUUGAAUUUCUUGGUUGAUCGUUUCUGCUGAAAGUGUUUAUGCAACUUUGACUUCCUGCCGAUGUGGAAAAUAGUAGCCAACAUGUUUAUGCAAAUUUUGCUUCCUGUAGAAUAGAAAAUAAUACGUACGGAUUGUCUUUCGCGAAGACCGAUUUUCUUGAGUUCUAUAUAAAACCGUGACUGUAUUUCGAAGAUUGAUUAUUUAUUGGCUGUCUGUAUGCGAUUGUGUAGUUGUAAAUUAUGUGUUUUUUCAGUUAUCAAUAGUAGAUUGUACAGUAAUUAUAAUAACAAACGGUUCCGCUUUGCACAAUCACGUUGCUGCAAGAUGGCGGUGCUGCCUCGUGGAGAACCUCGGCGAAUCGAAUUUGAAAGAAUCCCUGAACAGAGGAUAUUCGAGGGAACUCGAGAAGAGCGGAACAGCUUCACCUAGCAACGGGAGUAGGAAAGUAACGAGUAGCUUAGCGUUUCUGCCACAGAUGGGGCCACAGAUAGUUUCACCGUUUCUGCAAAUGUUCCUCGAACUCGAAUGAUCCAGAUAGAAGCGUGCUCUGAAACGCGGACAUGGAAGUGUUUAUUUUGCGAAGAUGAGGAACGCGGCGCGUAGACACGCCGAGGCAGGGACCAAUCGAAGGUGAGGAACUCGUAUUUUUCAUCGACGUCGUAGGUGGACCGCUGGUAAAUGCUCGCCCCGGAACGAAGUUUUCGCCGGCGGCAUAGACGGGAUAAAUUUGGAACACUCGUCUCGGCCGGAACACGGCCGUGUUUCACGGUAUCCGCGGCAGUUUCGCGUCGAGGAUGGUUUCUCGAGCGUCGCCAUCGCGAUGUCAAACCGGACGAACCAUAAUACACCUGCUUAAACAAAAUUAAACCCGUGUUAACGACAAUUUUUCACUCUGUUGAUCGUCGAACAACGAAAACGUGUCUCCGUCAUCCUUGAAACAUUACCUUUCACCGGUGAAAUCCUCGUUUAUCCCGCUUGAAAGAUAAUUAAACCUAUCAAAUUAGUGAUUGAUCACUUUAUCGCUCAUCCGAUUAUCAAGACUCGUCUUCGUAAACCUUGAAACACUAAAAUUAACCAUGAAACCCGCGAAACCUGCGUCAAAAUCGCAAAUAACGUGCGAGUGUAUGUUGUCUUCGGCAAAGAGGAAUAUUUAUUAACGAAUCUUUGAAGCAUGCGCGGCGAGUGAUAAAGUGUAAGGAAGAAUUUAAGGGUAAGAAAGGUGUAUGGGGUAGUUGAGGGAAGGAAUUCAAGGGUGAUCGCCUCGAACGAGGAACCAAGAUGCCGCGGCAGCGACCGGAAGCGUUCGAUCUCGUGAUGGAGGCAGAGAAACCUUCUAAGUGCAUCAGGUUCCUGCGUCUCCUUUGGAAAUUCUUCAGAUGCGUUUUCUCCCACGUGUUCCUGAUCUCGUUGGUGGUGUUGUACUGCGUUAUUGGCGCGUACGCGUUCGAGGCGCUUGAGGCGACGCAUGAGAAGGAGAUAAAGAAGAGCAUCAAGGACAUAAGAGGGGACGUCGCGGAGCAAUUAUGGAGGAUCACGAAGGACGUGGAGGUCCUGAUCCGCGAGAAUUGGACGGAUAAAGCCUUACGCGAGUUAAAGAGUUUCGAGAACAACCUGGUGUGGAUGAUGGAGAAGGAGGGCUGGGACGGCAGGGAGGGCGAGGACGAUAUCCAGUGGACGUUCGCCGGCGCUUUAUUUUACUCGAUCGUGGUGAUUACAACGAUCGGGUACGGCCACAUCGCCCCGAAGACCAAGAACGGGAAAGUCGUGACCAUAUUUUACGCCAUCUUGGGGAUUCCCCUGAUGCUGCUGUGCCUUUCCAACAUCGGCGACAUCAUGGCGUCGAGUUUCAGAUUCCUGUAUUGGAGGGUCUGCUGCUAUGUGUGCACAAAGCCGCCGAAGAAGAGGCGACCGAGGUCCCAUUUCGGCAGAUCCUAUUCCGCGCGGCAGCCAGGACGGUACGGCGGAAGUAGGGGCGGCUUUCGACGGUCCAUAAGGAUCAGCGAGAGAUCCGCGGAUUCGGCGCUCGGCCUCUCAGAAUGCAUGACGAGAUCCUCUUUCUCCGACGUGGACAGCAAGUACAAUUCCCGACGUUACGAGGACAUGGAGCAGAAGAGGUUGGGCCUUUAUCAGUCGCCGGGAGCGUCAAAUUUGAGCCCAAAUAUUGGAUUUAAAUCCGCGACGGUUUCACGAUACUCAGACAUACCCGCCGAAUCCCCGAGAACAACUGGAGGAUUGCAUUCAGCCAGUCCCAAAAUGACGCAGUCGCUGGACAGAAGAUUGUUAAUGAACCGUGCGUCGAAUGACACGGAUCGUUCGUCGGUUUUGUGCAACAAAUACGCUCUGCACGACUUGGAGAACGAGCUGCAACGAUGGCAGACUUCCGCCGGAAACGAAGUAACCGACAAGUCGGGCAAGUUGCGGGUCAUCGAAACAACGGAAAACGUUGACAACGUCGAGAAGCAAGUUCAGUACACCACAAGGUCGUUGCCAAGAAGAUGUCUGUCCGUCGAAGGUGCCACCACGAACUACAAAACGAACUUGGCGCCACCCCUGCGACAGUCGUCGGCUUACUUGGAGAUGGAGAAUUGGAGGAGACAUCCGUCAUCAAGGUCCAGGCGUUACAGGAGCAAUUAUCCUGCUGCUCGUUCCUACCGACGGGACACACUGUCACCGGAAGUAAUGUCGGCCACGGGCCUGCCAAUUCAUAGGCAAUAUUACGCGGACGAUUUCGAUUCGGAUUACGAGUAUUAUACGACCACAGAAGACUACAGACAGCCGAUUAAACCUGUGCCCAUUUGGCUGUGCGUGUUCCUGGUGGUCAGUUAUAUAUUCGGCGGCGCGUUCCUCUUCAGUGCCUGGGAACAAUGGCCGUUCCUAGAUUCCGCUUACUUUUGCUUCAUCACACUUACCACAAUCGGGUUCGGUGACUUCGUGCCGGCGUACAAGCUCGACGCGCACAAAGGGAUCGCGGUUUGCUCGUUGUACUUGUUAUUUGGAAUUGCUUUGCUGGCGAUGAGCUUCAAUCUGGUGCAAGAGGAGGUCAUCAACAACGUGAAGAACGUCGCGAAGAGCCUCGGGAUCAUCAAAGAGAGUGACGACGAGGAAGAAGCGGACGACUACGACGCGUACGACGCUGAAUACAACGACGAGGUCGACAACGAGCUCGAGGGCUACGUCCUCGAUACCCCUCGAUGUCACUCGAUGCCGAGGAACGCUCGCGGAAUCUCCGUCGCGUAACCUUUCGCGUCCCGAAUUUCUUUUAUUUACCGACAGCCCCCGCCCACGCCCACGCCAAGCCGUUCGUCGCCGAACUGCUCCUUUUUCUCCCGUCGAACCUCCUCCAGCCAGAUAUUUCUUACGACCAGAACCAUCGAAUACGUCGCUAAGACGGAUUUCGAAAUUCUUGUUCCCCAAUUAUUGAAACUCUGAAGAUUCCGAGGAAUUAUGUUUUAUGUUUGGUUAUUUGCUCUUAUUUUGAAGUGCUUGGUACUUGGGAGAAAUGAUUUUACUAUUCUACGACGGAUUUUAAAAUUCUUGUUCUCUAAUUGUUGAAACUUAGAGAAGAGAAGAGACUUAAGAAGAUUCCGACGAAUUAUAUUUUAUGUUUGGUUACUACUCGAAUUUUGAAGUGCUUGGUACUUGGGAGAAAUGAUUUUAGUAUUCUACGACGGAAUCGAAAUUCUUGUUCCCCAUUUAUUGAAACCUUGAAGAUUCCGACGAAUUAUAUUUUAAGUUUGGUUACUACUUGUAUUUUGAAGUGUUUGGUACUUGGAAGAAAUGAUUUUAGUAUUCUGGUCUAGUUUGAUUCUUACUCCCUUCGAUUGCCGAUUAGGCCGCACUAAACAGAAUUAUAGAUCUGACAGCAAACAAAAUUACAAAAAUCAUAAGUUAUAGCUUAAUAAUCAUCGUUUCAU